GCAGGCCCGCAAGUCGCUCCCGGGCUCGACCGGCGCCUACCCUCAGCAGCCCACCAAGUCGCCCGCCGCCAACCGCCCUCAGCACCCUCUCGCGCACACGACGUCGACCCCUACCUCGGCGUCGACGACGAGCACGUCGACGCAGCCGUCGAGCAUGAUGCCCAUGUCGGACCGGCCCGACUCGGACUCGGAGGACUCGGACGCCGAGGUGCACGUCGCCGUCGUCCACAAGCCGCAGGCGCAGAAGACGCCGCGGGUCCCGCCGGGCAGCGCGCCGCCUGGUGCGGCGGCGCAUGGAGCAGGAGCGGCGGUGGGCGGCGGCGGAGGACCAGGAGUGGCGGGACCGGGAGGAGGCGCGCCGCAGAAGGCGCCGAGGAAGGCGAUGCCGCCGGGGAGGAAAACUGUCGCAGCUGUCGACUCGGGCACCGACUCGGACGACGUCGCCUCGGCAGGCUCCGACUCGGACUAGCUGCCUCGCCCGCCUCUCUCUUAUACUCUCUGUCGGACUUAGCUAUAGGAGCUGUGCUCUCCCUCGUUCCGCAUUUUGCAUUUCAUCCUGCGUGUCGUUCCUCGUU